AUGAAUAAAUGUGCUCCAAAAAUUGAAUUAGCUUCUCAUUUAACAAAAUCUGAAUCAGAAUUUAAUUUACCACGAUCAGAAUGUCAACUUGAUUCAGAAUCAACAAUAAAAGCAAAUACUCCAGAACCUAUUUCGAGUUCAGUUGCAGAACCAGUACCACCCACUAUCCCAAUUCCAGCUCCAGUGGUACUUAAAAAUGAUCCAACAAAAAUCACAACGUCAGAGCCAGAAAUAACACCAAUAUCAGCAAAACCUCCAGAUCCGCCAAAUUUAAAUUCAAAAUCAGCCCCAGCUGCUUUACCAACUUUAACAACUUUUCCAGCUUUUUCAACUUUACAAAUUUCACCACCAAAAGCUAUCCCUCCCGUUGUACCUGUAGUUGCCCCAGCUCCUAUCCCAUCCAUCAAAAAGGAUUUAGUUCAAAUUCCUGAAGAUCAUUUAACAAGUAGUGAUGCUGAUAGUGUUGAUUCCGAAGUAAAAGAAUUAAUAAAAGGACGUGAAAGCUUAACUUUUGGACCUGAUGUUUAUCCCACAAAUGAAUCCAACAAACAACAACAAACAACUGGAAGUACAACUAGUGAAGAAUCAAAUUUAGCAUCAUCAACUAUGCUGUCAACAGCUUCAAGUUUAAAUCAUGUUCAUACAGCACAUCAUCUACAUCAACCUCCAAAUACUCCAGCAGCAAUGUCAAAAUUAACAGAUCAAUUUGGAAAUGUUUAUAUAUUACAUCCUAAUGGUUUUGUAACUCCCAUUAGACCUAUUUCUGGACAUAUUGGAGGUUCUGGAUAUACAAGUUCUUUAAACCAACUGCAACAACUUCAUCAACAACAAUCAUUUAUUCGACAAGUUCAUAAUAAUUCUCAACAACAAAUGAUAGUUCCACCUCAAACAUCAAUGUCAAUGUCUAAUUUCACACCAGUACCAAUGAUGAUGUAUCCAAAUAGUUCAAGUGCAUCAAUGGCAGCAGUUACAUCAUUAUCAUCAGGUACAAAUCCUUAUCGUAAAAAAUUUCAAAAAUAUAAGAAUUUAAAACUGUAUAAAUCUUCAUCAAAUUCAUCAUCAUCAAACUUACAUCAAUUUCAAAAUUCUAUAUUAAAUUUAGCUCAAUUUAGUGGUGAUUUAGAUUUAGGAACUUCAAAUAGAUUUGGUGAAUUAGAUUCUACUUCUAUAAUAAUAAACCUGAGUAGUGCUAAUACUAGUUCAAGGUCAAGUUAUAGAAGUAGUUUAAGAUCAAGUUUAAGAUUUUCUUCUUCAAGAAGUACUAAAUCUCCUCCUGUUUCAAAAGAAGAUGAUAUAAAAUGA